AAGCUGCCGCACUCGCAGUCUCGCUGCCGUAGAGUCAACUCCAACGCGUCCCAAAACACAAACUCAAUCAAAAUGUGCGACGAUGAUGUAGCAGCGCUCGUAGUGGACAAUGGGUCCGGAAUGUGCAAGGCCGGUUUCGCCGGUGACGACGCACCCCGCGCCGUCUUCCCAUCCAUCGUGGGCAGACCCCGCCACCAGGGUGUGAUGGUCGGUAUGGGUCAGAAGGACUCCUACGUCGGUGACGAGGCCCAGAGCAAGAGAGGUAUCCUGACCCUCAAAUACCCCAUCGAGCAUGGUAUCAUCACCAACUGGGAUGACAUGGAGAAGAUCUGGCACCACACCUUCUACAACGAACUGCGUGUCGCCCCCGAGGAGCACCCAGUGCUGCUUACCGAGGCUCCCCUUAACCCCAAGGCCAACAGGGAAAAGAUGACCCAGAUCAUGUUUGAAACCUUCAACUCACCCGCCAUGUACGUCGCCAUCCAGGCUGUGCUCUCUCUGUACGCCUCUGGUCGUACCACCGGUAUCGUGCUUGACUCCGGAGAUGGUGUUUCCCACACCGUCCCCAUCUACGAAGGUUACGCUCUGCCCCACGCCAUCCUCCGUCUGGACUUGGCCGGUCGUGACUUGACCGACUACCUCAUGAAGAUCCUCACCGAGAGGGGUUACUCUUUCACCACCACCGCUGAGAGGGAAAUCGUCCGUGACAUCAAGGAGAAGCUGUGCUAUGUCGCCCUCGACUUCGAGCAGGAGAUGGCCACCGCUGCCGCCUCCACCUCCCUUGAGAAGUCCUACGAACUUCCCGACGGUCAGGUCAUCACCAUCGGAAACGAAAGAUUCCGUUGCCCAGAGGCUCUCUUCCAGCCUUCCUUCUUGGGUAUGGAAUCAUGCGGUAUCCACGAAACCGUAUACAACUCCAUCAUGAAGUGUGACGUUGACAUCCGUAAGGACUUGUACGCCAACACUGUUAUGUCCGGUGGUACCACCAUGUACCCUGGUAUCGCCGACAGGAUGCAGAAGGAAAUCACCGCCCUCGCACCCUCAACCAUCAAGAUCAAGAUCAUCGCUCCCCCAGAGAGGAAAUACUCCGUAUGGAUCGGUGGUUCCAUCUUGGCUUCCCUGUCCACCUUCCAACAGAUGUGGAUCUCCAAGGAGGAGUACGACGAGUCCGGCCCCGGAAUCGUCCACCGCAAGUGCUUCUAAGCGCAAAGUUAAGUGGAAAGGGGGUGCUAGUGCGUGUGUGGUGGUGCUCUCGUGUCCGGUGGGAACGCAAGCA